GCAGCAUCUCACCUUCAACCGGCCGGAGCACACAGCCGCAUCUGAGGAGAAAAAUCAAAACAACCAACACGGCAGACAGCAUUAAAUAAACCAAGAGUGUGCAACGGAGGGAAAUCGAGCAACAUCGGAUUCGGUUAUUUCAAUGAUGUAGGGGAUCCAACUGCGAUUUUUACAAAUAGAUUUGACAUCUAAUUUCUCCUGCCCGCCUCUCUGCGACAAGGAAUACCGCUCAGCUGCGCAUAAACGCGAUAGUCUUCCUCAGCUUGUCAGAAUAAAACGCACCUCUGAUCUCGAUCGUCCUCAGCUGCCAGGCUCAUCAUCAGAGGAAGAAGGACGGAGACGAGCAGCAUCCAUCACUCGCAUCCCUCUCGUCACUUAUUCUGACGGUCGUCCAGGCCCUGCCAAGAGUCCGAUCCUCCAGCGGCAGCUUUUUUUUCUCUCUCCCCUCCAGCAGCAAAGCAAGCAACAUCCUUCCUCCCUGAAUCUGCGCAAUGGCCGAUGCUUCAACGGAGUGCAACAUAAAAGUGCUGUGUCGCUUUCGCCCUCUGAACCAGUCGGAGAUUAUACGCGGGGACCAGUUCCUCCCCAAAUUUCAAGGAGACGACACUGUCAUCGUCGGGGGGAAGUCCUACGUGUUUGAUCGAGUGUUCCCGACCAACACCACCCAGGAGCAAGUGUACAACACCUGUGCCAAGCAGAUUGUCAAGGAUGUGCUGGGUGGAUACAAUGGCACUAUCUUCGCAUAUGGACAAACCUCCUCCGGGAAGACCCACACCAUGGAGGGCAAACUGCAUGACCCCCACCAGAUGGGUAUCAUCCCCCGUAUUGCCGAGGACAUCUUCAACCACAUCUUCGCCAUGGACGAGAACCUGGAGUUCCACAUCAAGGUCUCAUACUUUGAGAUCUACAUGGAUAAAAUCCGCGAUCUUCUGGAUGUUACAAAGACCAACCUGUCUGUCCACGAGGAUAAGAACAGGGUGCCGUAUGUCAAGGGAUGCACUGAGCGUUUCGUCUCCAGCCCUGACGAGGUCAUGGACGUGAUUGACGAGGGCAAAUCCAACCGCCAUGUCGCUGUGACCAACAUGAACGAGCACAGCUCACGCAGCCACAGCAUCUUCCUGAUCAACAUCAAGCAGGAGCACGUGGAGACGGAGCAGAAGCUGUGUGGAAAACUCUACCUGGUGGAUCUGGCCGGCAGUGAGAAGGUCAGCAAGACCGGCGCUGCGGGAGCCGUCCUGGACGAGGCUAAAAACAUCAACAAGUCUCUGUCCGCCCUGGGCAACGUCAUCUCUGCCUUGGCCGAGGGGACGAAAACCCACGUGCCAUACCGUGACAGCAAGAUGACCCGAAUCCUUCAGGACUCUCUGGGUGGAAACUGUCGCACCACCAUGUUUAUCUGCUGCUCUCCCUCUAGCUACAACGAUGCCGAGACCAAAUCCACCCUGAUGUUCGGACAACGUGCCAAGACCAUCAGGAACACCGCCUCCAUCAACCUGGAGCUGACUGCGGAGCAGUGGAAGAGGAAGUACGAGAAGGAGAAGGAGAAGAACAAGACGCUGAAGGAAACCAUCCAGAAACUGGAGACCGAGCUCAACCGCUGGAGGAACGGAGAGGAUGUGCCUGAAACGGAGCGCACCACGGCCGACGUGGUGACCCGUCUGGAGUCCGUGGAGGAGCGGCCCAUACUGGACAACGACAACUCCUCGAUUGUGGUCCGCAUUUCCGAGGAGGAGCGGCAGAAGUAUGAGGAGGAGAUCCGCAAGCUGUACAAGCAGCUGGAUGACAAGGACGACGAGAUCAACCUGCAGUGCCAGCUGGUGGAGAAACUGAAGAAGCAGAUGCUUGACCAGGAUGAGCUCCUGGCCUCGUCCCGGGGCGAUGGGGACAAGGUCCAGGCCGAGCUGGGCAGGCUGCAGGUGGAGAGUGACUGCGCCAAGGCCGAGGUGAAGGAGGUGCUGCAGGCCCUGGAGGAGCUGGCAAUCAACUACGACCAGAAGAGCCAGGAGGUGGAGGAGAAGGGCCUGCAGAACCAACUGCUGGCCGACCAGCUGGCCCAGAAGAUGGCCAGUCUGAUGGAGCUGGAGGCGGAGCUGUCCCACAUGCAGGAAGUGAGCGGUCAGCAGAGGAAGCGCAUCGCCGACGUCCUCAACGGACUGAUGAGGGACCUCAGCGAGUUCAGCGCCAUCGUGGGCAACGGGGAGAUCAAGCUGCCGGUGGAGAUCAGCGGCGCGAUCGAGGAGGAGUUCACCGUGGCUCGCCUCUACAUCAGCAAGAUCAAGUCGGAGGUGAAGAGCAUGGUGAAGCGCUGCCGGCAGCUGGAGAACAUGCAGCUGGAGUGCCACCGCAAGAUGGAGGAGACCGGCAGGGAGCUCUCCUCAUGCCAGCUCCUCAUCUCCCAGCAUGAGGCUAAGAUCCGUUCUCUGACGGAGUACAUGCAGAGUGUGGAGCAGAAGAAGAGGCUGCUGGAGGAGAGCCACGACUCCCUGAGCGAGGAGCUGGCCAAGCUGCAAGACCCGGAUAACUCCCAGCUUGAGGAGAAGGAAGGAGAGAAGGGUGAGAUUGAGGAGGGAAAUGUCAAGAAGGCUCCUCGCCAGCAGGGGGAGUCACACCGUGGCGUCCACCACAAGCAGCUGGCCCGCCUGCGGGAUGAGAUCAACGAGAAGCAGAGGAUCAUCGACGAACUCACUGAUCGUAACUCCAAGCUGGAGCUGGAACUGGCUCAGGUUCGCGCCGACUUUGACCGUCUGAAGAGCCAGGACAGCACCAAGAGCGAGCGCCUGGAGGAGCUCUCAUUCCUGCAUGAGCGCCAUGAGCAGACCAAACAGGACCUCAAGGGUCUGGAGGAGACCGUCGCCCGCGAACUCCAGACCCUCCACAACCUGCGCAAGCUGUUCGUUCAAGACCUCACGUCGCGGGUUAAAAGAAGCUCCGAAAUGGAGCCUGAUGAUAGCGGGGGGUCUUGCACCCAGAAGCAGAAGAUUUCCUUUCUUGAGAAUAACCUGGACCAACUUACAAAGGUUCACAAACAGCUGGUUCGUGACAAUGCAGAUCUGCGUUGUGAGCUUCCAAAGUUGGAGAAACGUCUUCGGUCUACUGCUGAGAGAGUUAAGGCCCUGGAGACGGCACUGAGGGACGCCAAGGAGGGCGCCAUGAUCGACCGACGCCGCUACCAGCAGGAGGUCGACCGCAUCAAGGACGCCAUGAGGGCCAAGAACGCCAUGAGGCGCCCCCAUGCAGCACAGAUCGCUAAGCCGGUGAGACCGAAGCAGCUGCCCGUGUGCUCUCCCACCAACCCGUUCUACACCUACACCCGCGCCAGCGAACACUCCAACACCUACAGCAACGCCCUCUUCCAGAGCGCCCUGUCGCAGCAGAGCUCGGCCAGCGUCAACUGCAACCCCAACUCCAUCCAGGCAAACACCAGAGUCUCCACAGCACUGGGUUACAGAGCAGGCAGACACACUGGAGACAUACUGGAGUCCUACCCACUCAACAUAGACAACGGAAACAGCAUCAGUGAAACGAGAGACAUCAAUGACAACAGGAGUGAUGGACACUGUGGCAGCGAGGUGGAUGAUUCAAACAGGCACUACAUCAUUCAGCAGGAGACCGCUGCAAGUUAAUGCCAUGAUGACCAAACACUGUACCCAUCCAACAACCCUCUCCUCCCAUCUGCAUGCAGCCUCUCUUCCGGUCCCUUCCUCUGCAUCACCGAUGAAGAUGACGACGAAGAUCUGUAGCCCUGUAAUCUUCUAACUAGAUGAAGCCCCUCAUGCUCCUGUGGUGACCACACCCACUCUCGCUCCUGUGAUUAACCCCCGGGUUCGGGGUCCAGUCUCUUCCAGUCCACCCAAUCCAGGAAGCGAACCCUCAGCAGAACUCAAUCGGAGUAUUAUUUUUAAUACAGAACUUCUACUUGAUCAACGUUGUCAAUCACUCAGUCAAUUGAUUUAUUGCCAGAUAUCCCUGAUGAAUGUUACUGUUUUGCUCAAUCAGAAUAUCACGUCGCUUCCUGAACUGGUUGGAUUGAAACAGGGUCGAUUCCACCCCCGAUUACUUAGUACACACAUAUUGUAAAUAAUAGUGCCGUAAACUCCAGUAGAGGUUUUUGACCAGCAACUGUUUCUGUGUAUGCACAGCCUCCCCCCGUCCCCCUCGACACAUCUUCUUAAGGGCAUCGUAGGGAUGACAUAGGCUGACAUGACCUUUUUCCUGUCGUAAAUAGAGUAUACUGUGUUAUGCCAGCUUGUAACAGAAGACCCUCACUCUGCAUGCAUGUUGCUUAGCGGGUUAGCUUUCAAAUCUUUGCAUGUAUCAUGGUUCCAGUCAUGAGCUGGUAUGCUGUGAGCGAACUGUUCGAUCGACUUCGACAGAUGUCAAAGAGAGAGCGUCGGCUUUUUCCGCGUCUAGAUUACCUAAUCUCAAUCCUGGUUUCAUUGUUUGAAAGUAGAUUUGAGAACGAGACUGAGCCGUUGUUUUAUGACAGUGUUCAAGGACGACUUCACCCAAAGUGCAAAAAAAAUUUUAAAAAUAAAUAAUAAAAAAUCCAAAUAGUGCAGAGAGCUGCUGUGUGAUUUGGUGAGGUUUCCAGUCUGCCCGAAAACAAUGAUGCAAAUACCCGACGUAAUCCACAGUCCUCAGGGGUGAAAAGUUUCGUUGAGAGCUGUUUCCUGCCAAAGAGCAUUGGCAAACUGUAUCUGUCUGCCCCAAAUUAUGAAUUCAUGUUCAUGCUGCUCCAUUGUAUUGGGGAGCAGGGAGACUGGAAACAUCACCAAAUCACACAGAAACUACAUGAUAGAUUGCACUAAGGGUAACUAGGAACAUAUCCUUUUGGCAUUUUGGGUGAACUGUUCCUUUAAUGUACAGCCACUUAAACACACAGCAGCUGUCUUAAGACAAUGGGACUGGAGCUGGGGUUUCCUAAAAGCAUAUUUAUAUGUCUUAACUAAAAAAAAAAAAAAAUCAAUAGCAAAAAGGUGACAUUACAUGAAAAAUGCUUUUAGGGAAGUCUGGCCCAGGCCAUUUCUAGUCCAAACUGGGGGAAACCUUUUGUAUUUGCAUCGACACUGUAAUGUUACAGCUGUAUGAUGCCAUUGUACAGGUCAGGUAAUGCUUUGCACCACCUGUUGCCAUUUAAUGUGGCCCCCUCCCUGUACUGCAUCCACACCUCUACCCAAACCAUUAUCAAUCUUCUUACCGAGCCUUAAGAUCAGCUGAUUUCUCAUGAUCAAAUAACAUGCUGUCAUGUGUAUACAAGGACAUUUGUAAUUACUACCUCUAGAGCUACUGGUAACACUUAUUAUCACACUAAAAUAUCAUCCUUUCAAAUGCUAACUAUAAGCAGAUUGUAGUACGUCUAAAGAAAAUUGCAAUUUUAGCACUUCGAUAACUGUAAGUAGAUUGUUAUGCCGUUAUCAGCUGGUGUGUUCUCCUGCGAGUUCAUUCAUACGGUUUCCUUCUGCAUCAUGUAACAGGAUCAGAGAUGGGUUGAGUAGUACUUGCAAAUUAUUCCAAGUGCAACAGAGAACCAGAAGGUUGUUGUUUACCACUUCAGGCCAGUUCAGAAAGUGUCAAGUACACUGUCUAUCACGGAGAAGUUUACUGCAGUUCUUUAUAGUUCGUUCUCGUGACUGUCUAAACUUUUUGCUGCUUGUUGAAUCGUCCUAUCAGGCGCAUAAUAAGGCUAAAAGAAAUCAGCACAAAGGAUUUGCAAAUAUUCAACCUGAACAUCUGAACAGGGCAGAGAGUGAAGACAUGGCUGAUUUUGAAAUGAAGGUCCAUUCAUUCUGUGUCUCCUGAUGUAAUGUGACACUGGUGACGUCCGUGGAGGUGAAAUCACAUUUCAGACCCUUUAAAACUCUGUGGAUGUUGCUCAGUGUGCCAUGUUGUUGGUCAGAGCCAUCAUCAGUCAGACAGUUAGCCUCGGUGAGCGUCUAAACACAAGUUCCCAGCUGAGCAGCCACCAGUCUGGGUUUGAUGGACGGUUUGAUAAAAGUUUGAAGUCGCCACCUCAGGUCGUGCUGCGUUUCCUCUGUUAAAAAAAAUCCUGACCAGCCAAUCAGGAUGGAGGAAACCAGCAUGUCGGGUGUUUAGGGUGAUAAAGGUGUGAUGCUCACUGAGCUGUCGGAGCUGAGUCACUGAACUGAACGCAAGGCCGGCGCCACAUUGAGAAGUGCAGUGAAGAGGAAACACGCCUGUCAACCACGAGGCAUUUGCAGUAAUUACAUCUCGACUCAGUAGCUGAAUGCAGUUUUAAUUAAACAAGUGUUUCUCAGAGGCAAAGCUGCUCUUGUAGCAGAACUAAUCUAACUGGCUGCGUUGGCCUCCAGUGGUGGAGUCGCUGCUUUUGGUCCAUGGAAAAAGGCGAAAAGUAUGAAAGUAGGGAGAUUGUAUUAUUAUUUUUGCUGCUGUCUGAAACACUGCAGUGUAUCCAUACUAAGCUAUUGACAUCAGUGGGUUUCAAAGUGGAGCCCAGAGACCUUCAUGGAUCAUUUGAGGGGCUUGUCACAAUAAAAAAUGUAUGUGGGGUUUUUUUUUACAUUAUAUUUUAAUCUGACCGCUUUGACUCUACUUGUCAUUUUUCAAGUAUGACACACAUGCAAUUUGAUCUUAUUAAGCUCCCAAGGGCAAAUUCACUUCAAAUGGAGGUGAAAAUGUUGUUGCUGUCUAAGUUUAACUGGACCAGUGAGAUUAUUCCCGCCUCUGAGAGCUGUUACUGCAGCCUGCUCUGCAAAAUAUCACCGUGUUAGCACUCUUCUGAAUGUGACUACAUGUAGUUUACUCCAGGUGAGAUUACAGAAUGGAAAAUGGAUUUUUUCCCCCUCUCCGGUCAUGUGAUACCCUGCAUCUGUUACGACCACAACUACGACAGAAACACUCGGUCUAAUGUUAUUUACUGGCAUUAACAACAUCUCAGGGCUUCGCAAUCACAACUACGAUGGGCCACCGCUGUCUUCCUCAUCAACGUACAAACCACGUGACUGUUGAUGAACAAUCAGGUCAGACUAUGUUCUUCAAGGAGUAACGGAGGAACGGGAAAGCUAAUAAUUAUACCGAUUUAUCACCAUUUUAUAGAUGCAUAACAUCUCCAUCCCAGCAGCAUGACAUCUUCACACAAUCUCGAAAGUCAGUCGCAACCUGGUCGGACCCUACUGUGUCGGAGCAGUCCCUCUGUUUGACAUCAUGUUUCAAGUGUAAUACAUCUUGGGGGGGAAUGUGUACUAUAUAGUCACCUGCUGUUCCACUGUCUCAUUUUAACAUAUCUAAAAUACAUGUGAUAAAUAUUGUUAAUCUUGUAAGUAAAAUAGCGUACCAUGACAUAGAAAAAUGUGGGAAAAACGAGAAAGGAAGGUAUACGCUAACUUUGUUCAGAGAAAUCCCAAAUGUUUGUUUGGUUUAUUUCCGUAGGCUUAAAUCUGUAGCGUCAUCAUGAAUAUGUGAACCAUCGUGCAUAUUUCUGUAUAUAUAGACUCAUUACUAUGCUGUAUUGUAUGUGAACCAUUGUGUUGUAGUAAAAGUUCAAUAAAACUUGUAGAAAGAA